AUGCUUUGCUUCCGGUGUACGGCUCUGCCGACCGCUUUCAGGUCCUUUGCGGCCCCAGCAACCAGACUCACCUCCGCACCGCUCACAUCCACCGCAACCGCUCUAUCAACACCGUUCCGUGCCCUCUCCUCCACGACCCUCUCCUCGCUCCAUCUCCCACAACAACAUUUCCCCUCUCAGAGCCUCAUUACCUCUUCCUCCACUACUACUGUCCGUUCCCUGCUCUCCACCAACAACUCUUUCGCAAAUCAACAAACGCGCUCCUUCUCCGCUAGUGCCUCGUUGGCCGGAAAGCGCGAUACCUACAACCCCUCGCGGAGGGUGCAGAAGCGCCGUCACGGAUUCCUGGCUCGGUUGCGCUCGCGAGGUGGACGGAAGAUCCUGUUGCGGAGAAGGGCUAGGGGGCGGAAGUCGCUGAGCUGGUAG